AUGGUCCCGCCCACGCCCAUCUCUAUCUCCCGCUUCGCUGAAACCCAGCUCCAGCUGCUCCUCGAAGAACACGAAGCCGAGGUAUCCUCCUCUUCCCUCGCAACAACAGCCGCAUCCGUUUCACCCUCGACGCGGCGAACCCUACAAGCGACGGGAUACGCACUGACCGGAUUGGUAUUGUCGCAAUGCCGCACUGGCCUGGGAGGUCGCGUUGUGGGCGAAUUCACGCCGGACCCUGCUACUCAGCCGAGCUCGAAAUCGCAAGAUGACAGCAGUGCCCGGGGUUCAGAUGGACAGCCCCGUCUUGGGCAACACGGAAUCCGAGUGGGAGAUGUUGUGCGUGCGAAUGAUGUCUCGGCUGCGACGGCAAAGAAGAUGGGUAAAGACAAGAGCAAGGACGGUGCGAAGGAUGCGUCGAAAGGUGGCCCGGAGGGGGUUGUCACGAGGGUCAGCGAUCAAGCAAUCUGCGUAGCCUUUGGCCAACAAGGAAGUGGUGCAAAAUCCAAAGAAGAUGACGAAUCUGUUGAAGAGUUGUGGGGAAAGAAGAUAUGGCUCAUUAAAUUGGCGAAUGAUGUUACUUAUAGGCGAAUGAAACAAACCAUGGAGAAGAUGGCCAAGCUAGGGGAGGGCGAGCAUUCGCAUUUCAUGCGUCUUGCUUUCGGUCACACAACUCCCUUACAAGCGAACUACGAAGCCACCGGUCCCAUUGAAUUUACAGACCCGACGCUCAACGACUCUCAAAAAGAUGCGAUUCGGUUUGCGCUCGGCUCGCAAGACAUCGCGCUUAUACACGGCCCACCCGGCACCGGGAAAACGCACACGCUUAUCGAGUUGAUAUUGCAGUUCGUCCAAAGGAAGAAGCGAAUUCUCGUAUGUGGCCCAUCGAACGUGUCUGUCGAUAAUAUCGUGGAACGUCUAGCUCCGAAGAAAGUGCCUGUGGUGCGGAUCGGGCACCCUGCGCGUUUACUCCCUUCCGUGCUAGAACACUCACUCGAAGUCCUUACACAAACUUCAGAAGCGGCAGGAAUCGUGAAAGAUGUGCGCAAAGAAAUGGACGAGAAACAAGCCAGCAUCAGAAAGACAAAGACCGGUCGAGAGAGGCGAGCCAUUUACGAGGAUCUGAAGCAUUUACGCAAAGAGUUUCGGGAGCGCGAAUCUAAAUGUGUCGACAAUCUGGUUCGAGAAAGUAGCGUGGUUUUGGCGACCCUUCAUGGUGCAGGGGGCCAUCAGCUGAAAAACCAACAGUUCGAUGUUGUCAUCAUCGACGAAGCCAGUCAGGCUCUCGAGGCCCAGUGUUGGAUCCCUCUGCAGGGGGCGGAUAAAGUGGUGCUUGCUGGUGAUCACCUCCAGUUACCACCCACGGUCAAAUCAGCCAACCUCAAGUCGAAAGAUGGAAACGGCAAAGACAGCCAGCCCGAGAAAAAGGACACGCCUCAAAAAGAAAUCCUCAAGGGCGUCUCUCUAGAACGGACUUUGUUCGAUCGUUUACUAGCGUUACAUGGCCCAGGGAUCAAGCGGAUGCUAACAACACAGUAUCGCAUGCAUGAAAAGAUCAUGCGAUUUCCGUCGGAUGAGCUCUACGAGUCAAAAUUAAUAGCUGCUGACUCGGUCAAAUCCCGGCUCCUUGCCGGUUUACCCUAUGAGGUCCAAGGUAACGAUGAUACCCAAGAACCUCUUGUCUUCUGGGAUACGCAGGGUGGCGACUUUCCCGAGAAAGUCGAGGAUAAAGAAAUUGGCCAAAAGGAAGCUCUCCUGGGAGAGAGUAAGAGCAAUGAAAUGGAAGCCUUGGUAGUGGCAAGGCAUGUGGACAACCUUGUAGCUGCAGGUGUUAGACCGGACAGCAUUGCGGUCAUCACUCCUUACAAUGGGCAACUAGCUCUGCUGUCUCAGAUGCUUCGAGAGAGAUACCCUGGGCUCGAAUUGGGAAGUGUGGAUGGUUUCCAGGGCCGCGAGAAAGAAGCAGUAGUAGUGAGCCUUGUUCGCAGCAACGAGGAGCACGAGGUCGGCUUUCUUGGAGAGAAGCGACGGCUGAACGUGGCCAUGACCCGCCCCAAGCGGCAUCUCUGUAUCUGCGGGGAUUCAGAGACCAUCAGCCGAGGCAGCACAUUCUUGAAACACUGGAUGGACUUCCUGGAGGAACACGCCGAUCUACGAUAUCCAGAUGCUGGCGACCUACUGUAA